AUGCUAGCGCAGUAUUUGAGCUGAUGAUUUGCAACGAAUUAACUGCGUAUCUGACAGCAGUGGAAGGAACCGCAGGAGCUGCUGCAUCACACCUUUCUCGAGGUCUGGCGAGGCGAGUAAUGCAGAGUGUAUUCGUUCACGAGACAAAGAAGUUAUUGCGGGGGUAUUUCUACGGAAUCUUUGGAUAUCUCUGUCAUUGUAAAGGAUUACCGUCCAGCGGUGCUUGUAAUAUCUAAAGGGAAACCCCGCUUACUUUUUAUAUGGCAAAGUUUCUCGCCGAGCUGUUGGGAUGUACACUGCCGGAAAAGGGCACUUCUCCCAUGUUCGAGUCUCGGAGUCAGCCCCAUAUAGGAUUGAGACACGCCACCAAGCAGAGGCCCACCAUCUUUGGGACAUUGACAAAUGAGAAACCCACAUGUGACCACAAAAGGGACAAGAUGCCUCAAACUCCGCCAUUUCCCACUGUGUUUGGCACCAGCGGUUACAACAGGAAUCUCUACCAGACGGCGGAGGAGAGCUACUCCGGCCUGUAUUACCAUGAGAACAACCUCGUGUCAGGGUCUCUGGAAGCUCUCAUUCAGCACUUAGUCCCCAACAUGGACUACUACCCUGACAGGACGUACAUCUUCACCUUCCUGCUGAGCUCCAGGGUGUUCAUUCACCCUCACGAGCUGAUGUCUAAGGUCUGCUACCUGUGUGUGGAGCACCAGAGACUCAGCGACCCCCAAGCUGAUAAGAUGAGGAUCCGAAAGAUGGCGCCGAAGAUCCUGCAGCUGCUGUCGGAGUGGACGGAGACCUUCCCGUACGACUUCCGGGACGAGCGCAUGAUGCGCAGCCUGAAGGAGCUCACGCAGCGAUUGGCCAGCGGGGAUGAGCUUUACCGCAAGGCUGUCCAGCAGAUGUCCCAGACCCUGAUCCGUAAGCUGACCACCCUGAGCCAAUACGAGGAGGCGCUGGCCAAAAUCAACGCCACGGCGACCGACAGGCUGACUGUCCUGAAGACCAAACCGCAGUCCAUCCAGAGGGACAUCCUGACCAUCUGCAAUGACCCCUUCACCCUCUCCCAGCAGCUCACCCACAUCGAACUUGAAAGACUGAGCUACAUUGGGCCUGAGGAGUUUAUUCAAGCCUUUGCUCAGAAGGACCCACUGGACAAUGAUAAGAGUUGCUUCAGCGACCACAAGAAGGCCAGCAACCUGGAGGCGUACGUGGCUUGGUUCAACAGGCUCAGCUACCUGGUUGCCACGGAGAUCUGCAUGCCGGUUAAGAAGAAGCAGAGAGCGCGGGUCAUCGAGUUCUUCAUCGAUGUGGCGCGGGAGUGCUUCAACAUCGGCAACUUCAACUCCCUCAUGGCCAUUAUCUCCGGGAUGAACAUGAGUCCGGUGUCCCGACUGAAGAAGACCUGGGCCAAGGUCAAAACGGCCAAAUUCGACAUUCUGGAGCACCAAAUGGAUCCUUCCAGCAAUUUCUACAACUACAGGACAGCACUACGAGGGGCGACCCAGAGGUCCAUAACGGCCCACAGCAGCAGAGAGAAGAUCGUCAUACCGUUCUUCAGCUUGUUAAUCAAGGACAUCUACUUCCUCAACGAGGGAUGUGCCAACCGGUUGCCGAAUGGCCAGGUGAAUUUUGAAAAAUUCUGGGAAAUGGCCAAGCAGGUGAGCGAGUUCAUGACCUGGAAGAAGGUGGAGUGUCCCUUUGAGAGAGACCGCAAGAUCCUUCACUACCUACUGACCGCGCCCGUCUUCAGUGAGGAUGCCUUGUAUCUGGCGUCCUACGAGAGCGAAGGUCCUGAGAACAACAUGGAGAAGGACAGAUGGAAGUCUCUGAGGUCUACUCUGCUAAGUAGAGUAUGAAGAGAAGAAGGUAAACGCUACAGUCGGCCCUUCAGAAGAUGGGUCCCUGCUCGACUCAGCUGUGACCGAACAAAGUGAAAAGUAUCCCCGUUUGGAGGGGAACGACAAUCUUUACAUUUCCAGCGAGGACCUCGCCAUUUAAUUAAUUUAGCCCGUCAGGGGUUUUCCUCUCCGCACGGGGCAUUUCGGGACCGAUUUUUCAUCUCUUUGUAAGAAUUUGUAGUCUUUUUUUCUAAAGGAAACACUAUAGCUGUCAAAGAGAAUGGCCCCAGAAGAUUCUUUUUGUUUUUUCUUUCUUCAGUCGAAGGACAUUUGCGAACAGUCCAGGCAGCAGGAGGGGACCCGGAUUCUCUUGCCACAGAAUGGUCUGACAUUUUCAAAAAGUACGAUCGCUUCACGAAACAUUGGAGUUUUGCUGCUGGUUGGCUAACUGGAACGGUUCCAAAGCUGCUCUCUUUAAGACCAGCAUUAUGCUUACUGUGACGGCAGUAGCGUCUAUUUCUUAGCUGGAGCAUUAAUAAUUUCAGUCCAUAAGCUAACGUUAUUUGUAGUUUUUGUUAUCAUGUACGUUCCUUUUUUGUGUGUGUAAAUACAAGUAUUGUGUCAUUGUUUCCCAACAUGGCAACCUGUUUUUUUUUUUUAGAAUGAAAUAUUCUCUCAGGCAGGAAGGCGCUAAAUGUGCUGAGUGCAUUUAGGAAUUACUGAUGUCAUUUUCUGUGCUGUGCUUUUGUAAUACACUAAAACAGGAAUGCAUCCCACCCAGCCUUCCCUCCCCUGCUUAUCUCCAGAGCAUUAGCCGCGAGCAUAAAUGGCGUCUAAGUGUGGAGAUACCACGUCUAUGUUCUCAAUUAUCGGUGUCAUUUGGGCUCGACAUUAGUCGCGUAAGCUAAGUAUAGCGUUGGAGUGCUGGUUGCUUCUAGCACUUAAGAUAGCCCACUUUUGUCUGAGAAGAGGGUUUUUUCUGAAUAACAGAGCCCCGCCCCUCUGAUUCAUAAUGCAGAUGUGUAAUGAGGUGAUAUAAGGCUUGUUACAGCAGAGAGGCUUUGUAAAGGCCAUAGGGUUUCGGGGCUAACUGUGGCUGUCAAUCACCAGUAUUUAUCAACCAAACAAAAACAGCUCAAUUGAUUUAAGUCCAUGAGUCACUGAUGGUACGUGAUAGCUCCUCCCACUUUUGGGUUAAGACUCAGUGUUAAGACUUAGAUCUCUGGUCAUUUCACCAGGUGGGUACUGAAAAUUAAAGCUAUUUAAGCAAGUUGAAAUUGUGAAAAGGAUUCACGAUUAAACUUUGCAUUUGUUUUAACCCUGUUUGUGCAGGAUUGGGUAAGCCCCUGUUAAAGUGUGUGUGUACUUUUUUUCCCCCGCCACAUUGUCCAAAAAGUAUUUAUGUUCCCUAAAAUUAUUUGUCCUAUCAUAUUUCUUAUAUAAUGUACUGAUAUUUACUGUUAUUUUAUUAUGUUUUCCCUAUUUAAUUUUGUAUUAGAUACAUAACAUAUGUUGGUCUGUUAUUGCCCUAACUAAUUUUCUAUUAAAAUCUGUGAGCGAAAACAUUGUUUCCAGGAUGCUCGGACAUGAAAUGAAGUUAUAUUUAUUGACUGAUGUCCAGCUUGCCUUGUCAUUUUUUUUUUUUUUAAAUCUCAAGUGCUAUUGUGUUUAACUGUAAAUAAUUUAUACUUUUUCUGUGCAUAUCGGUAUGUAUUUUGACUUUCCGAAUGACUUAGAGGAAGUGUUUAUACCUGAAAUAGUUGUGUAAGAUGAAAAAGAUGACUAAAUAAAAGAAAGUUGCCAGCAUUUCGGUGAA